CCGUAUCAUCUUCAGUUCUCAUAGGUCGAUCAAAACGAUUUAUUUACUGGAUCACUAGAACGUAAACAUAAAUAUUUUUUAUUUUAAAUACCUGUGAUUUACCACGUGUAUAAUUGCUGAAGUAUGGCGCGUGCAGUUUUUUGCAUGGCCAUCGCUUGCAUUUUAGUGCAAUGCGCAAUAUCUGUCAAAUUAGAUUCAGAAAAUCGUCGUCUCAUUCUUGACAUUAAAGAUCAAAAGACGACCAAUAAGCAAUAUUAUUCUUCCAACUUCGAUACCAACGCCUACCGUUACGGAUAUGACAUCGGCAAGACCGGCAAUUUCCAUCACGAGACCCGCGGUCCUGAUGGUGUCACCUACGGCUGUUACGGUCACAUCGAUCCCUACAAAGUAUUGCGCGCCACUCACUAUGUAGCCGAUGCCCAUGGCUAUCGCACAGUCACACCCAUGGAACCUGUCGUCACCUAUCCACCCACCAACGAUCCCAAUGUCAAGAGCACCGGUGUGUUGCUGCAAUGGGAUGAAUUGUAUUUCCCCAUUGGUUGUGGUAAAUUCGAAGGUGGUGUACGCCCCAAUAUCCCGUUGAUCUUUGUCGAUAAUAAACCCGUUGCUCCCGGAUUCUCGAGCUCAUCGAAUUUGGUAUUCAAGGGUUCCGAUCAGAAGAGUCCCCAAAUCCAUAGAUACGGUGCCGGCAAGGGCACAGGAUUAUUGGAUGAUGGUGCCUCCCGUUUGCAAUCGUCGUCGAACCAGGUUGUGUCGGCACUGAAGCCUGGCAGCUACAAUACCGGAAAUUACAAUGGCGGUGGUGCACCAGCUGCAGUGCCAUAUGUUCAUGUGACUGGCGCCCAAGGAGGACAUGGUGGAGCCGGUGGCAAUGGAGGCAAUGGUGGCUUCGGAGGUAAUGGCGGCUUUGGACCCAACGGUCCAAAUGGUCCCAAGGGUCCAAAUGGUCCCAAAGGCCCCUUCGGUCCUCCUGGCCCACCUGGUCCACCAGGUCCUCCCGGCCCAACUGGCUUUGGAAAAGGAUCGGGAUCGGGAACCCCAGGAAAACUUGGUCAAGGCGCAGGAUUCGGCGGCUCAUAUUCAGGCGGUAACCUAGAAGGACAGGCAUCGACCGGUUUUCCUGGGGCCAUCGGAUACACCCAAGAUAAUGGUAAAUAUGAAGAUGGAAGAUAUAAAGGCAUUCAAGAGGGUAAAUAUUAUCAUGAUAAUUCUGGUAAAUAUGUUCACAUUGAAGGACCAACUGGACCACCUGCACCACCAUAUGUGCACGUAACUGGCCCCAAUGGAGGUUAUGGCGGUAAUGGCGGAAAGGGCGGUGAAGGCGGACGCGGUGAUGGCGGCGGCAAAGGCCCCGGCGGUCCAGGCGGACCUAAGGGACCCGGCGGCCCUAAAGGACCUGGUGGACCAAAGGGACCUCCCGGACCACCUGGACCCCCAGGCCCACCCGGACCUGAUGGACCAACCAAACCAGGACCCGGUGGCCCAUACGGACCUCCCGGCCCACCCGGACCACUAGGCCCAACCAGACCAGGACCACCCGGCCCACCAGGACCCCCAGGCCCAACCAGACCUGGCCCACCAGGACCUCCAGGCCCCACCAGACCUGGCCCACCAGGACCACCAGGCCCAUACAGACCCGGCCCACCUGGACCACCCGGUCCCACCCGUCCCGGCCCACCAGGACCUCCCGGAAAACAACCCCCACCACCACCCAACGGCGGUGACAGAGGCUAUCUACCACCCAAAAAAGAUGAUCCCAGGGAAUCGACAUACCAGAACAAUGGCUACUUGCCACCAAAGGGUAACAAUCCACCAACUAGUAAUAAGUUCGAAUCAUACUCUCUAAGCAUCAAUCCACCAACACCACCAGCCUCGGUCAACAAACCGACCGCUUUUGUGUCCAAUUAUACGGUGAAUAGUAAUGAUGGUGCACAAAAGAAGGUCACAACCACAUCCACCACAUAUACCACUACCACCAAUACCAAUAGCAAUAGUAAUAGCAAUACCAAUACCUAUACCAAUAGUAAUAAGUCAAAUCAAUACAAUAGCAACAACAACAACAAUCAAAAGAAUCAAAAUAAUUAUGAUGAGAAAACGUUUGAUCAAGUACUAACCUAUAUUCCCCCUUCUUCUUCCACUCCCACUCCCACAUCCUCCUACCACAACCAACAACAACACAAAAUCACGACUACCACUACCACAACGAACCAAAACGCCAACAACAACAACAAAAACACCUACAAUAUUAUUGGCAACUCAAAGGUCCCGGACGUCGCAACUGAAAAGGACAAGUACUUUAAGACCCAUACAACUACAACGACGACGACAACAACAACAAAUCAAAAUGGUAAUAAUAACAACUACAAAAUACCAACAACAGGUUUGAAUAUUGACAAGACCACAACAACCACAUACGGCACGAAUACUAACAAGGACCGUGACAGUAAGGUGACCGUGACAACAAGCACUAACAACUACAAUAGCAACAACAACAACAAAGUUACCAGUGGCUAUUUGCCGCCACAAACGGCUGGCUAUGAAAAGGUGGUUAGCACCACCUCAGGUGGCGGUGGAGGCGGCGGAGGCGCUAGUGGUUUUGGUGGUGGCAACAAAAUCACCACCACAACCACCUCGAUCACCUCCGGCAAUACCUUUGGCGGUCAACCCUUCCAAAAGGUAACCGAAAAAGUCACCGGUAACUAUGUUAGCAACAAUGCCUUCAUAAAUCGCACACCCGAACAAAAGUUCCAAACACAAACCCAAACCCAGACCUACACGCCCACGGUGACCGUUAGCAAGACACCAUCCACACAGACACAGGUGACCCAAAACAAACAGACCAUCACCAAGACCACAACCACUAAGACACAACAGACAGGUACCGCAUAUCAGCAACAGCCACAGAAUGUAACAUUCCAUCCCACUCUUUCCCAGACAACAACAACAACAACAACUGCGAACAAUUGUGCCUGCCAAGCUGACAAGGCUCAUUCAUCGACAUCCUUCAACUCCAAUAGCAAUCCUAGCAGUUCCUCCUUUAACUCCUUCAACGCCAAUCAUUUCCAACAACAAUUCACGACCGGAAGCGGCUUUGCUGGUCAGGCUCACUUUGGCAACAUAAUGAACUCGAUGGCUUUUCUGCAACAAAUUCCCGUUGUGCCUCAAGUGCCCGGUUAUCCGGCCUUCUAUGCGCCCGACAAAAUUCCCAAGGGUGCCAUUAUUGCCUUUAUGCCCGUAGUCAUUUUGCCCGAAGCGGCCUAUGCCAAUUGCCAAGAGAAUUUGAACAAUAAACAACAACAACAACAUGCAUUUGAUCCCUUGCCCCUGGGUGUACAACCUGCCCCCUUCCCCUACGGUUCUAGUUUGAAUUCGAUAUUCCCCGGUGGCGGUGGUGGCCGCAAAGAUCAGUGUAUGUGUCCCUGUUCGUGUACACAAAAUAUACCCGAUCACAGUCACAAGAAACGUGAAACCGAUGCCGCUGCCGCCCCGGAAGACGAAGCCACAACCGUAGAAGAAGCUGCUGGUUCAAAUGCAGAAGCGAGCAAUGUUGCCAAGGAGGUAGAAGAAGUCCCGGCAUUAGUUGUUGAAAAGGAUCUGAAACAAUCGGACGAGGUACAAUCUGUAAUAAACAAUGGCGAGGACCAGAGAGUUGCAACUGAGACAAAAACUAACGAUACGACAGAAAGCGAAACGACCAAUUAAAUCUAGCGCUAGCAUAGCUGCUGAAGACGACAACACACGACGUUUGAGUAAGGAUUUCCCCCCCAACGAACUCCCAUCCCAAUCCCGUCCUGUUCCCGUUUUCCCGUCUUCCUAUCCAGUAUCCCACUCCCAUGGCCCAGAUGUGUCUCGCCCUAAAUGCAAUCAAUCCCAGCCCGUACAGAUCCUGUAUCCCCUACAUCCUGAUCCUGUUCCUGAUCCUCCCACUCCUACCUCCUCCCAUACUCCCAGAGUUCCUGUUCUACUAACUCGAAUGCAAACACAUUUGUUUAAUUUUUAAUUUUUUCUGUUUUUAACAUUAAAUCGCUCGCUCGCUUUGUAAAAAAUGUUCUCUUUCUCUCUAGCCACACCCCCUUUUUAUUUUGUUUAAUUGUCAUUUAUUAUUUUUUUAUUAUUAUUAUAUGCUUGUAAUUAUUAUUAUAUUAUUAUAAUUUGUUACUAAAUCUAAUAAGUAUUCGAAGAAAUGAAAAUGCAAACAAACAUCUAUAAAUAUCGA